GUUAAGUGUUGAUUAUAGUGAGCUUAGUAAGACUACUAGACCAUCUACAUUAAUAACUUCCCUAAUGAACACACCAGUCAUCACCAAGACUAAAUAAAAGUCUAAAUAAGACUAGUGUUUGAUGGUGAGAGUUGAGUGAGGGUUUAGAGCACACAGUUGCAGCUGCUGGACCACCACACGUGCACCUCCAGCCUCACUCUGAUUGGACAGUGUUGGAGAACAUGGUGGUCUUUGUGUGUGACUCAUGUGGAGCAUGUCUGAAGAAGAACCAAGUGGAUACUCACUGGAAUAGAAGAUGCUUCAGUAGAACCGUCUCAUGUAUGGACUGUGGCAAAACAUUUAGGGAACAGGAGUAUGCAAGUCAUUUGAAAUGUAUAACUGAAGCUGAGAAGUAUGGUGGGAGCCAGUAUGUGGCCAAAGAGUUGAAGGGCGAGAAGAAACAGGAAGCAUGGAUAGCAAAAGUCAGAGAGCAAGUGGCCAAGACACACAACAUGGAGCCACGUCUCAAGGAACUCCUUGACCACAUCACUACCUUUACAAACAUUCCUCGCAAGAAGUCAAAAUUUGAGAAGUUCCUGUUCAACAGCGCCAAGAUCCGUAGUGGCAUCCUCGUGGAUAAAGCUUGGGAAGUAUUCCAGUCUGCGAACAACAUCCAGAGUCACAAUGGUAAGGACCAGGAAGUUGAGGAACCUUCUACAACUGCACCACAGAACAAUGAUAACCCUGAUCCCUCUACAGUGGAUUGCAAUGGUAACAGCAAGCUAAACAAAAGAGAGAAAAAGAUGGAAAGACAAAAAAAGCAGAAAAAGAAACAAAAGAAGGAUAAAUCUGUAGAGAGUACCGAAGAAGCGAGUAAACCAUCGAAAAGGAAAUCUGAGGAUGAUGAAGCUUUGGAAGAAGGAGAAGGCAGAAAAAGAAAAAAGGCAAUGGAUUCAGCAUCUCAAGAUACUCAAGAAAAGAAGAAGAAAAAAAGGAAACAAGCAGAUAAUGAUGAAAAUGAAGUUUCCACACUCAAUGGAGAUCACAUUCAAAAUGGAGAAGAUGAAAAUUCUAAUAAACUAGAGAGUAUAGCAAAGCCUUCAGGUAUUUUCAAGUGGAAGAUGGCAAUCUCUCAGAUAUUGGAAGAUGCCCCAGAAAAGGGCAUGAAAAUCACCAAACUGCAGAGGAAAGUACUCUCUCUCUAUUAUACAGCCAACAGUGACACAACUCAUGUGAAAUCGGAAAAUGAAGUAGCUGCUAUCCUGAAAAAAAAAUUGGAAACACGAAAUGACAAAUAUAUAGUUUGUAAUGAUCGAGUCAAGCUAAGGACUCUGAAUUAAAGCAUUGUCUUGAUGUUUUUAUAAUGAAAUGCAUAAUAUUACUCUGACUAAUGUUAUACAGUAGUCAAUUUAACCAUUUCAGGGUCCAGAGGCCAAAUUUCAAAGUGUACACCAAAGUCUAAGAAUUAAACAAAAAAAAAAUUUGUUAUUUUUCUUAUGAAAUGGUAGAGAAUCUUUUUCUGAAGGUAAUAAAGCAAAAAGUACGAAAUUUGAUGGAAAAUUGACAAAACUAUGCUCGCAAAUUUUGAUGUGUCAGCGAUAUUUACAAAUCAGCGAUUUUGCCAACUUUGACUCCCAUUUUAGGCCAAUUACAUUAUUCCUGUCGACCAAAUUCUUAGCUAUUUCACUAGUAUUACUUCUAUCGAUUGAGGACAAGAAAUCGCCAAGUCAACUGUUUCAACUACAAAAUAAAGUGAUUGGAAAUUGGUAAUUUGGCCAAUUUAACACAAAGUUCAAAAUACGUAUUCUGAUUUCAAAAUAGGGUCCAGAAUAAACAAUGUAGGUUUUCCUGGCACUAAACUAACAUUUCCUCUGUUCAUUAGUUAUGUUUUGAGGCUUUACAAAUGAAUUCCAUUUGGAUUUUUUAUUCACAUAAUGAAUUUUUAUUCAAGCCAAAAAAAUGGAAGAUUUACUGUUAUGCAGUAUUGUAAUAAUUGUAUAAAUAUCAUCACCACAUUUGUGAAUGUAUAUUAGACCCACCAGCUGGCGUGUAUUAGACGUGUGAGGUCGUUUGUUUACUCUUGAACAUCGGCAAAAAUUUAACAUUCUGCUACUUUGAGCUCAGUUUCAAGGCAUUUCUAGUGCUAAAAUCAAUCAAAAUCAUCUGUAUUUCUGUAAUAUGUCUUCCAUUCUAUCAAAUGAGACCAAGAAAUCGCAAAUACAACUAUAAAAAACAUGAAAAAACACUGCAAAGUCAGUUUUAAUCGAAAAUCACGGUCUCGGCUUUUUUCUCUCAUUAUACACUGUGCUGCAGGAUUUGUUUUAUGUGGUGCACACAUACCACAGAUGUAUUCUCUCAUAUCUAGGCCCAGAUUUACCACUCACAGCUUAUCAGAGUGAGCUGAGCUUAUGGCGUAGAUCUACGGUUUGGACCCUGAACGUAAAGCCGUAGAUCUUCGGCACGGACCCUGAAAGGGUUAAGGACUACCAUCAAGGACAUUGCAGUCCUCCUGCAAUAGAUGAUGACUACGCAUUUUCAAAAAACUUAUCUAAAUUAAACAAGUUAUUGGUUUUGAGUGUUCAAAUAAUAGCUUCUAUAAAUUUACACAAUUUGUGAGUCUUUUUUAAGAUGAAUUUAUUUGCUUUUGAAUAUGGUAUUGUAUCUUUUUUUAAUCCUUAAAACUUUACAGGUUUCACAGUUAAUAAUUUGGGUAGGGUCACAAUCACUCCUGGGUGAAUGAGUAUAUCCAUAUAUAUCAUAAGGUAUAUAUAGGUUUUUGAUUACAUGUAUAUACAUCUCUGCUAUAUAAUGGAUCCAGGGAUGGCUAUUCUCCCCGAUAGUCUGGUCUUAGACAAAAUUUCCUAAAUUUGAAAGGAAAUUUUACAAGAAUAAGAAUUUCCUUUUAACACACUGGCCAACUUCUACCAAGGUAGGGCAACCUGAAAAUGAAGAAACACUUACCAUGUCUCACUCCAUUACCAUCGUCUUGCCAGAGGCGCAUCGACAUCACAGCUCUGAUAACCCUCCAGAUUGCAAUAUCUCCACCCUUCCUUCAGAGUACAAGCACUGCUUCCCACCUCCAUCACUCAGGUCUGGUUAGCCGGUUUCCCUGAAUCUCUUAAUACACUAACCCAAAAAUUUGGAAUGGAAGGUAGGUGACAUUUCAGGUUCAUUCUGGGUCAUUGUCCAGAGGCGAGUGAAAAAGAUAUGGGAAAAGAGCAAAUAAUUCAGGUCUGGAUAGAAAGAUGAGACGGUUAAGAUAAGUAAAAUCACACAUUUUUAAGAAGAGAGCAUUUUACAAUGUAUUUUACUGGCAGUGGUAAGCAUCUACAGAAACAAAAUUGGGGCCAAAAUUCAGAGAUAUGUUGUGUAUAAGGACUGAUUCAACAAGACAGUAUCUGUGAAGGCUUGGGAGGGAUAGCUAAUUUUGGAGAAAGGUCAGCUGUUGUAUGACAUUGGCCACUAACAUGACAAAAAACUGUUCCAGUCAUGGUAUUGCAACCUGUCUUGAUGCUAAUAAAUAAAUGGGCCAGUACAUAAAGGCAUAAGAGAUUACCUGUUUGAAUAGAGGAUCUACCAAGUGAGCCAUAUAAGGUACAGUAUCAGAUAAUCAUGUCUACAUUUUAGUGUACAGUGUUUACCUUAGAGGAUAGGCUGGGUAUCGAGGUUUUGCUGUCAUGUUACUAAAUUGGCUAAUUUAGUAGUCAUUCAUAUUCAAGACGACAUCAUGUGAACAUUUAUUUAUAACACACAAUAAACUUGUGAUUUACUGCCUGUCAUGUGGUGAACUGCACCUUUAUACCAGAAAGAAUGUGAAAGCCUACAUUAGCUUUGGUAUGUGUCUGUUUUGUUGGAGCUGAGUAUGAAGUCUGUUAGUGGUGAGUACCAGUGCAGGGCUGGCAGGAAAAACAUAUACAGUGUUCACAGCAAAGGAAGCCUUUUUAUUUAAUACAACUUGCCUAUAAGGAGGCCUGUUAUAGAUGGAAUAUUGCAUUUAAUAAAAGGUCUGCUUUUCCUGUGUAUGUGUGUUUAUUUUUUUUUCAGCACUUGUCAGUGCACUGCCUUACUAUAACUACCCACGGCUGCACAGUGCUGUCUCAUAAUUAUAUAUACAGUGGACCCACGGUUUACGAUAUUAUUUCAUUCCAGAAGCAUGUUCAGGUGCCAUUACUGAACGAAUUUGUUCCCAUAAGGAAUAUUGUGAAUUAGAUAAGUCCAUUUCAGACCCCCAAACAUACACAUACAAAUGCACUUACAUAAAUACACUUACAUAAUUGGUCGCAGUGGGAGCUGAUCGUAAACCGGGGGUCCACUGUAUUUGCAAAGUAUCCACCAGUGUAUACACCUAUGAAUAAUUAUCCAUCCAUACAUCACCUGCCUUAAGCUACAUUUAUUAUCAACAUGUGAUAAAAUAAUUAUAGUCACUUAAAAUUUAAUAAUGUUUGCUACAGAUACAACUGUGUUCUGUUUUUUAUUACUUUUAAAUUUGUGGGAAAGUGUGAGACCCAUAGCGACCAUACUGCACCUCGGGAAUGGGAGGUGAUCAGGUUUGAUUUGAGGAGAGUAGCUCCAAGUCCUUGGAUCAAUAGCCAUUUACUCCCCCUCCUUGAAGGGAUUAUGUAUAUAAAAAAAUAUGUGACAUGUUAUCAUGACAACCUGGAAUAUUCCUGCUGAGAACUAACUGCUUGUUGUCUUCACUUGGUGUACUAGUGAAGAGCUCUUGAUCCAAGGAAUUUGUGCUCAUCCUCCUAUUCACAGAUUUAAUCUAAUUACCUUCAAUUCUGCAAGCACUGUUUGACCCAUACAGAUUUAUCACUUCCUUGUGAAUAUGUAUAACUAUUGUUAUUAUUAUUAUACUACAUAUUCAUGUUAAAUCUACAGGGGUGAUACAGCACCUGUAAAUGGGAAGUAAUCAGAUGUAUUCUGAGGUAAGGAGGAGUAGAUCCAAAUCUUUGGAUCAGGAGCCUUUCACCAGCAUGAAGGCACCUAAUUUGAAAGGAAUGUUUCUGUUGGUUCCAAGUCUUUUUGCUUCCUGGCAUAAACCCUUCAUUUUUAUCCCUCAAAAUUGUUUAGUAACAUAGAAUAUUAAAUUUGGCUUACCAUCUUGCUAAUUACAUCUAACAACACAAGCAAUAACCAUUGUACUGGUCUAGAAAGAUGAGAGAACUCUCUCACACACACACAUAUGCAGUAUGUAUAUACAUGGCUGUUAAAGCAGCUCCACAUCCAUUAUAUCCAACAGGUAACCUGUGACGUCAAAUGCAAAACCUCGAUUGACAUUUAGUCUCUUUAGCCUUAUCACCUGAUCCCAGAGUUUAGAAAUUUAAAAUUGACUUGGUAAGCAAACUUAGUUUUGCUUAUUAGUGUAGGCAUUCACAGGACUGAACGUGUGUCGUAAUGCUGUAUAGCCCUUGUGGCUUAGCGCUUCUUUUUUAUUAUAAUAAUAAUAAUAAUGGUGUGUCGUAAGAGAUGAAUUGGUUGCGAGAAUUUACCGGCAUUAAUUUUUGUCCUUGCCGGUACCCAAUACCUUGGUAUUGUCUUUGUUGGUUUAAGGUUUAAAAAUUACCGUUAUUUCCAUGAAUAAUUCUGCAUUUUAUUUGCAAAAAUCUCUAGAAAUUAAAGAAAAUUAAUGUUUGAUAUCCUUUGUACAAUUGUAUAGUGUAUCAAAAAUAAUAUAACAUCAAUCAGUGUUGUAUAAAAAGAAUAGUAUUAGGAUUUCUUUUUGAUGUUAUUUGAAUAUUCCACUUCUACCACCCUAUCUUUUAUAUUUUCACAAAUAUUAUGUAAUAUGGCACAUAAGGCUUGAAAGAUAGAUAUGGAGUAUACAGUACAUGAAGUCUGAGGGAUACACUACAAGUACAUAGUUCCAGUGCACAUACCCAGAAUACAACAAUUACCCCUCUGACCUGUAGCAUUGAGUUGCUCGAACAGAAAACUAGCUGUCCUGGGAUCCUUAGUUACCCUGGAGUAUAUUUGGAGAGGGUUUCAGGGGUCAACGCCCCUGCGGUGUGGUCUGUGACCAGGUCUCACUGGAUCGGCCUGAUCAACCAGGCUUUUUCUGUUAGCUUAACACAAACUGACGUACGAACCACAGCCCAGCUGGUUAGUACUGACUUUGGGUACCUGUCCAGCACCUUCUUGAAUACAACCAGGAGUUUGAAGAGUCUUUUUGCCUGGCUCCUCGAGGAACUUGGAUACGUACAGGCUUUCUCCAUGGGCUGAGGGUAUCUGAACCUGUAGAAACAAACAUAUGAUCUGAAAGUUCACCAUAUUUUCUAGACUUUUGUGACUGAAGCAGAGAGUUGCCCUUCCUUCCUCCCUGCUGCAUUCGAGUGUACAUUUUGUUUUGUAUAACUGUUUUGUAUUUCUGUUGAUUGCACUUUUCUGGAUCCAACUAUAAUAGAUUUGUGGUUAAUACUGUAAUAUGUACCUUAUUCUAAUAUGAAUGCAAUUCUCAUUUUCUUUGAGAUUUUAGAUAAAAUUUUGUGAAAUAGAUAAUUGUAUAAUGAUUUGGUUAAUGCUGAGGUUAUUCAGCCUUCAUUUUUAAUUACAACAUAAGGAAAAGUAGUUACGUAUUUAUUGCCCAUGUACGUAUGCAGAAUUACGCUUAGACAGUACAAUGUUGAUCCUUAGUCAUGCAGCGUGAGGCAUGAUAAAGUUAUUUGUUAAAAAGAAAUAUAAAAGGUUAAAAAAUAUCCAGAAAUCUGCCUCCAUCUUCCGAGUAUUGUUGCAGUUGGAGUGGUAACUGAUAUUUGUAUCUGUUAAAAAGCUCCACAGAUUACUGCCCCUGCUCUAAAUCCAUUUGGGUCAUGAGAGUACCUGUUUAUUUUGAUACAGUACUGUCAUAAUGGAAGGCUUGUGGGGGUAAGUGGUGCAUGCUGACCAGUUUUACUGGUACUGUGCUCUUCAUAUGGUAUAUAUGAUAUAUAUUUAUUACUGGUAUAGUACUUUCAUAAGAUAUACUUAGUGUGAUGUAAUACAUCUUUGCAUACUAAUUUAUAUUUCAUUCUGAGUGGUAACUGAAAAUGCUGUAUGUGGACAAUAAACAUUUUAAUUAAAUGGUAAA